GCUACCGAUCGGUCGAGCUAUACCCUACCAGCCAAUUCAGCAGCCCAGCCACAACGACAAUGGCGCCUGCCGCCAGCAGCCUCCCGCCGCAGCUCCGCGUCCUCGACACCACCCUCGUCGCGCCAGGUGCUCCCGCACUGCCGCCGCGCUCCAUCCCGCUCACCUUCUUCGACGUCAAGUGGCUCCACAUCCCUCCCGUCGAGCGCGUCUUCCUCUACCGCCUACCCCCGGACGCCGACGUAGCCGCCAUCCUCUCCGCCCUCAGGACCUCUCUGUCCCAGGCUCUCCGCGCCUUCUACCCGCUGGCCGGCCACGUUCGCCUCGCCAACAAACGCCACGAGAUCCUCUACCGCCCGGGCGACGCCGUCCCCUUCACCACCGCCGAAUACGACGUCGACGUCGAUGACCUCGCCUCCGACGACCCCGUCAGGGUGACCACGGUCGCCCCGCUCGUGCCCCAGCUGCCCAAGGGCCGCGCGGUGCUCGCCGUGCAGGCGACGCUGUUGCUCCGGGGCCUCGCUGUUGGCGUCACCGUCCACCACUCCGCCUGCGACGGCGCCAGCUCCACGCACUUCCUCCACACCUGGGCCGCCGCAGCGACCGCCUGCGCCGGAGCAGUAGAUGACCAUCAUCAGCCUUCUCCUCCGCCCCCGGUCAUCGACCGGGCGCUCAUCCCGGACCCCAGGGGUCUCUACGACAUUUACCUGAAAAGCCUGCCGCCGAUGAUCUCUGACGAUGGGUUCGAGUUCGUCAGCAAGGCGCCCAGCUCAUUCGAGGACAAGCUUGUGGCCACGUUCACGCUGCCCCAGAACCUGCUAGUGAGCAUCAAGACCGCGGUCGCCGGCGAGGCGGCGCGGCGCGGCAUCACUCCGCCGCCUCGGUGCUCGUCGAUACUCGCCACGUACGGUUUCAUCUGGUCCUGCUACUGCCGAGCGAUGAGAGCAGGGACGACACCCAGGAGGAAAACCAGCUACUUCCUCUUCUCGGUGGAUCAGCGCCCUCGGCUGAAGCCGGCGAUCCCGGGCACGUACUUCGGCAACUGCCUCUGCCCGGCCAUCGCAACGGCGCCGGAGGAGGAGGUGGCGGCCGCGGGCAUCGGCGGCCUGUUCGCGGCGUGCGCGGCGGUGGCGGCGGCGGUGGAGGAGGUGGUGCGCGAGGGGGCGCAGGACAGGUGGGACGCCUGCGUGGACCGAGUCAAAGAGGCUGUGGCCCACGGUACCUUGUCCGUAUCCGGCUCGCCCAGGUUCCAUGUCUUCGACGUGGACUUUGGCUUGGGCCGGCCGGCCAAGGUGUCGAUCGUGUCGGCGGCCAAGGGCGCCGGCGCGAUGCCCGUGGCCGAGGCACGCGGCGGCGGUGGCGGCGUGGAGGUGGGUGUCUCUCUGCCGGCGGCCGCUGGUGACAUGGAGCGAUUCCAAAAGAGUUUUGCGGACGGCAUUGCGUGGCUCGAUUUGCUCGUCCAUCAAUCAUCCAACGGUUGCUAGCUAGCUUGCAACUUGCAGAGUACUGCGUGGAUGUGUCUGUUUAUUUGCUUGCCUGCUCCGUCGUUGACGACCGCAUUGCGUGCCUCUGUCCACUUAUUACACACUUCUGCAUGUCAUAAGUAUAUGUGAGUUCUGUUUAAUAACUUGCCAGGAUUUGGCAGCACCGGCAUCUUUACAAGUCGGUGCAGGUGGUUAUGGAUGUUUUACUCGGACACACAUGUGACAGUCUACUAUACGAAUGAGUGUUUCUAGUGUGUCUGUUCCUCCUUUUCUCUUUUAGAAGAUUGUGUGUAUCCUGGUUCUAUAUAUGCCGAGAGUGUACGUUUUGGGGUUAUUUGUAUCAGCU